AUGGGCUGCAAUCUGUGCACUUUACAGAAACGAGAGGAACACUACAAGCUGCUGUAUGAGAUUGCACAGGUGAAUGGAAAGGAGCUGUCCAAGUCCAAUCAUGAGGAGACCUUGGAGGCCUUCUGUGGUGCCAAGGAUCCCGUCGUGGUGCAGGUCAUCAGGCGGACGCCCAGCGGCCGGCCCCACGGCCCCCUUCAGGAAAUCCAUGUGGUGGAUGUGUGCACUCAGACCGACAUCACCUUUGAACACAUCAUGGCGCUGGCAAAGCUGCGGCCUUCGACCCCUCCUGUGCCUGACGUCUGUCCCUUCCUGCUCUCUGACAGCUGUCACUCUCUCCAUACAAUGGAGCAGGAUUUCUAUGAAGGGACAGACUACCUCUCCCCUAUUCCAGCUGAUGGAGAGAGGACAGAGGAGUUUGAAUACGAGGAAGUGGAAUUGUAUCGACUCAACAGCCAAGAGAAGUUGGGAUUGACUCUGUGCUACAGGACGGACGAAGAGGAAGAUGUCGCUAUCUAUGUCAGUGAGAUCUGUCCAAACAGCAUCGCUGCAAGAGACGGACGCAUCCGAGAGGGGGAUCGCAUUUUGCAGAUUAAUGGCCAGGAUGUACAAGACCGAGAGGAAGCAAUGGCUGCACUCUCCAAUGACGAGUGUCGGAACAUCGUGCUGCUGGUUGCCAGACCUGAGAUGCAGCUGGAGGAGGCCUGGCUGGAUGAUGAGCACAGCGAGUUCCUGGAGCAGCUGAAGAUGGAAAUGUUGGAGGAGCAGCAGCGAGAGGAGAUGGAAUUAGCUGCCUUACAGGAGGAGCAGGAGAAUGAACAGCAAGCAGAAGAUGAUAAGCCCACCUGCUCAACACUUCCUCAUCACAAGAGCAGCGUACUGAGUAUAAAGGACAGAAUGGAAAGCUCGGAGCAUAAUGUCCUGGCUCAGAUCCAGAGACGUCUGUCCCAGUGCCUGAGAGACAACCGGGACACACACUGUACCAUCGGCUCCACCCGGCUAGAGGACAAAGACGACGAGGACGAUGAAGAGAUGGAGGGCGAACGAUUCCAACAGCUGUUGGAGCUUAAGUGUCAGAUCCGUAACAGCGGUGAGUACGACCUGUUCUACAGCCGCCGCAGCACCAUCGAGUGCAGCGUGGGGGAGCCGGGCGGCGUCCAGCACGAGCUGCGGCUGCUCAACGAGGAGCUGCGCAGCAUCGAACUUGAAUGUCAGACCAUCAUGCAGGCCCACAAGCUUCGUCAGGGACAGCUGUCUCCCUCAACGGGCCACUCUGCACCCUCCAUCAAAAACCAAAGCCUCCACCACGGCGAGCCCACAAAGGGUAAGCUGACAGACAUUCAUGGGAGGCUGGAGAAAUCAGACAAGGACAGCUCCAGUGCCUAUAACACAGCGGAGAGCUCACGCAGUACCCCUCUGGCAAUGGACCGCUCCCCGGAGCAUUCGCUCCAGAGGAUGGUGAGUCUCACCAACCAGAGGAACCUCUGCAGCAGCCUGGCCUCUGCCCACUCUCUGAGCUCCAGCCCCAUCCCUGUGUGCCGUGCUCCUGUCCAAGGCAUAAGCAGCAGCCCGGACCACAGCAAUCCAUCUGAGUCGGAGCAUACUCCUCAGGCUGAGGAGGAGGGCAAAGGGACACUAAAGACAAAUGCUUGCCAGAUUCCUUACUUCUCUCCAUCCCACAGUUCCCAGCAGAGGCAGACCAACAUCCCGGCUCAUGCCCGUCACUACCAGAGCUACAUGCAGCUGAUCCAGCAGCGCUCAGCCGUGGAAUAUGCUCAGAGCCAGCUCAGCCUGCUCAGUGUGUGCAAAGAGCCUCAGCGGCCCAUUAAUGAGCCCAAGAUGGAGUGGAAGGUCAAGAUCCGCAGUGAUGGAACCCGCUACAUAACUAAGAGGCCGGUGAGAGACAAGAUCCUGAGGGAGCGAGCCCUGAAGAUUAAAGAGGAGCGUAGCGGCGGGAUGACUACAGAUGACGAUGCAAUGAGUGAAAUGAAGAUGGGGAGGUACUGGAGUAAAGAGGAAAGGAAGCAGCACCUGGUCAGGGCAAAAGAACAGAGAAAGAGACGAGAGUUCAUGCAGCGUAGUCGACUGGAAAGCUUGAAGGAAAAUCCUCAGAGCAGCAGCGAGGGUCGCAAGGAAGUCAGCAUCAUCGAGCUCAGCCACAAGAAGAUGAUGAAGAAACGCAACAAGAAGAUCCUUGACAACUGGAUGACCAUCCAGGAGCUGAUGACUCAUGGUACUAAGGCCCCUGAGGGAGCCAAGGUGCACAAUGCCUUCCUAUCAGUCACUACUGUAUAA